GAAUGUGAAUAUGGCUGUCAUUGCAGACCGGUGAAACUCUCUGAAGAAAGAAAAAGUUAAUGUUUUUAGUAUUUUGAUAUUAUUAUCAUCAUGACUACUCUUGCUUCUGAAGGAUCAAGUGAUCCGGUCCAAUCAUUUGAAUUAGGGCCUGAAAAUGAACUUAGGUUUGAAGUUGACGGAAAGAACAAAGUGAUUAUGUCGGUUCGUGCUGGAAUGGCUGAAGUUUUUGGUACAGAACUAGUGAAGGAAAAGGCAUACACAUUUCUUGCUGGAUCCAAAAUUGCGGUAUUCACAUGGCAGGGAGCUACGAUUGAACUCCGCGGUAAAACAGAAGUUAGCUAUGUUGCAAAAGAGACUCCUAUGGCCAUGUAUUUAAAUUGUCAUGCUGGAUUAGAGCAAAUGCGAAAGAAAGCAGAGGAAAAUACUGAACUUCAUGGACCUGUACUGAUGGUUGUAGGACCAACAGAUGUUGGGAAGUCAACACUAUGCCGUUUGCUGCUCAACUAUGCUGUGCGUAUGGGGCGUAGACCGAUAUUUGUUGAUCUUGAUGUAGGUCAGGGACAUGUGUCCAUUCCUGGGACAAUUGGUGCACUUUUAGUUGAAAGGCCAGCAGCUGUCGAGGAAGGCUUCUCUCAACAAGCCCCAAUUGUUUACCACUUUGGACACAAAUCACCUGGUAGUAAUAUAAAGCUAUUCAAUAAACUUGUUUCUGCACUAGCAGAAUGUAUAAAAGAACGCACGCAAGCUAAUCGCAAAGCUAAUGUUUCUGGAGUAAUCAUAAAUACUUGUGGUUGGGUCAAACAAAGUGGAUACAAGUCCCUUACGCACAUUGCACAAACAUUUGAAGUUGAUGUAAUACUUGUGUUGGACCAGGAAAGGCUUUACAAUGAACUUGUUCGUGACAUGCCUCCAUUUGUUAGAGUUGCUUUCAUACCAAAAAAUGGAGGGGUUGUUGAGAGGAGCCAAAAUGUAAGAUCAGAAGCUCGGGAUGCAAGAGUUAGGGAAUAUUUUUAUGGUGUGCGUUCACCUUUGUAUCCACAUUCAUUUGAUGUCCGUUUUAGUGAUGUCAAGAUAUAUAAAAUCGGUGCACCAUCUUUGCCUGAUUCUUGCAUGCCUCUUGGUAUGAAAGCGGAUGAUAAUAAAACAAAGCUUGUUCAAGUACAACCAGGAAAUAAUAUUUUAAAUCAUAUAUUAGCCGUUAGUUUUGCAAAUUCAUUGGAGGAAGAAGUUAUCACAAGUAAUGUAGCAGGAUUUAUCUGUGUAACUAAGGUUGAUUCUGAAAGACAGAUGUUGACGGUCUUGUCACCACAACCUAGACCACUUCCUCAAACUUUGUUACUGUUGUCAGAAAUUCAAUACAUGGAUAGUCAGUAGCAGAACUCAGUGGAAUCAUCUGCUAUUUUUUUUUCUUUGGUUUGAUGUUUUUGUUUUCAAAAUGGAUUUUUCUUAACAUUGAAUCAACAAAAAAUUAGAGUGCAGACAAUUUUUUGUUUUGUCUGUUUCACUUUUCAUCAGUUUAGCAUACUAAUUUUGCUGUGAUUUUUUAAAAAAAUUGAUAUUUCUGUAUUCAUAUUUAUGUUUGUAAACAGAUUGUCAAAGCACAUGUGGCAAGAAUGAACUGAUUUUUGACUGUUAUCGAUAGCAUGUCGAUAAAAAUAAACUCCACUGGUCUUUAA